CUCGGGGCGGCGGCGGUCCGGAGGCCGGCGGGGGAGGCGGAGGCGGCGGCGGCGGCAGCGGCAGCAGCGGCAGCGGCUCGGUCAUCGGCAGCCCCUCGCCGCGGCUCCGCUGCUGGACACGUCCGCACCCACCGCGGCUGCCCGCCGCAGCGAGCGGGGCGAGGCCGUGCCUGCGCCCCCCCGGCCCCGGCCCCGACGCGGGCCUGGCGAGGAGGUGGGCGGCGGAGCGAAGCUGGCUGCGGAGAGAGGAGGCAGCCGCCGCCGGAGGGCUAACAGACCUGGAAGAAAGACUUUGUCUUGGAGCUAACUCCUGAACAUUUUGAGAUCAUUCAUCAUGAAGUAUGUAGUACAGGAAUGGCUCAGAGUAACUACCUUGCUAUUCAUAGCUCAAGCAGUUUCUGCAAUGGUUCUUCCCAAUGCCACGCUCUUAGAGGAACUUUUGGAAAAGUACAUGGAUGAAGAUGGUGAGUGGUGGAUCGCCAAGCAGAGAGGGAAAAGGGCUAUCACAGACAGUGAUAUGCAGAGUAUCUUGGAUCUUCAUAAUAAAUUACGGGGUCAGGUGUAUCCACCAGCUUCCAAUAUGGAAUAUAUGACGUGGGACAUGGAACUGGAGAGAUCUGCAGAGUCGUGGGCUGAAACCUGUCUAUGGGAGCAUGGUCCUGCAAGCCUUCUUCCAUCAAUUGGACAGAAUUUGGGGGCACACUGGGGCAGGUACAGACCUCCAACAUUUCAUGUCCAAGCAUGGUAUGAUGAAGUGAGAGAUUUCACGUAUCCCCAUCCUCAUGAAUGCAACCCAUAUUGUCCUUACAAAUGCUCUGGUCCUGUUUGUACACAUUAUACACAGGUUGUUUGGGCUACAAGUAGCAGAAUCGGUUGUGCAAUAAAUUUGUGUCAUAACAUGAACAUCUGGGGGCAGAUUUGGCCAAAAGCAGUCUAUCUUGUAUGCAAUUAUUCUCCUAAGGGUAACUGGUGGGGUCAUGCUCCUUAUAAACCUGGCCGCCCUUGUUCUGCAUGUCCCCCUAGUUUUGGAGGAGGUUGCAGAGAAAAUCUUUGUUACAGAGAGGAUUCAGAAAGGCCUUAUUCUCCCCACGAACCAGAAGAGGAAACCAAUGAGAUUGAACGGCAGCGAUCCAAAGCCCAGGAUGCAACGGUGCAAAGCCGACCAAGAGCUCAUUCACCUUCAGGCUCCACAGGCGCUGAUGACAGUGAGAAAAAUGAAGUAAUAAGCACACAGCAAAUGUCUCAGAUUGUUUCAUGUGAAGUAAGGCUAAGAGAUCAGUGCAAAGGAACAACUUGCAAUAGGUAUGAAUGUCCUGCUGGCUGUUUGGAUAGCAAAGCCAAAGUUAUUGGAAGUGUACAUUAUGAAAUGCAAUCCAGUAUUUGUAAAGCUGCCAUACAUUAUGGCAUCCUAGACAAUGAAGGUGGUUGGGUUGAUGUCACUAGGCAAGGAAGGAAAAAUUACUUUAUCAAGUCUUACAGAAAUGGCAUUCAGUCAGUUGGAAAAUACCAGUCUGCUAACUCCUUCACUGUCUCUAAAGUAACAGUUCAAGCUGUCACCUGUGAAACAACAGUGGAACAACUGUGCCCAUUUCAAAAACCAGCCUCACACUGUCCAAGGGUGUAUUGUCCUCGCAACUGUAUGCAGGCAAAUCCACACUAUGCUCGUGUAAUUGGAACACGAAUUUACUCUGAUAAAUGUGUGCAGCCAUACUGCUUUUAGGAAAAAAAGGACAUACAUACAGGUAAGAAACCAGGGAUGGGAGUCUUAUCAACUUCAGAUGCUGUCAGGGUAGAUAUCUACACUGAAGGUGCUAUUCUAGGUUAUGUUUAUAGUAGUUUGCAGUACAUACAGUAUAGUGGUAAAGGAGAUAAAUAGGCAUCUGCAGAGCAGAAUUCAUUUGACCUUUUCUGAGUGUCUACCUCAGUAUGAGAUUAAUUGCCUAAUAGAGAUGUCUAUUCCUCUCCAUUUCCUACAGAAGGGUCCUAGGGCAUCUAGCUCAGGUGUAGACAGAUGUGUCCUACCUAUAUUUGUACAGAUAUUCCCAUCAGUGGUAUCAGCAUUAUAUGAUUUUCUACAAUGUUCCUUUGUUGCUAACAUUUAAAUUAUUUUAAAACUCAGAUACUUUUUAUUGAAAUUUUCACUAAAUAAUAUGAUUGAGUAUUUUGUGCAUUAUAUUACUUAACUAGUUUCAGGUAAAGUAUUUAUAGAGAAUGAUCUAUUUAAUAAGUGUGUCUUCUUUUGCAGUUUUUCAUGUAUUCACAGAUUUGUUCAUUGAUAAAGAGAAUUUAUUUGCCCAAUUGUCAUAGCAAAUGUAUUUGAAAUUGCAGUCCAUGAUCUACUUGGCUGAUUCCACAAAACAGAUAGGGUUUCUGUGACAUUCCUGCAAAUUCUUUUGUUUCAAAAGUGCAUAUAUAUGUAUAUGGAGGUAUGCAUAUAUGCACAUGACUAUUUAUUUGCACUACUGCUUAGAGCACUUGCAUUCAGUAAAGGAAGAAUAUUUUUCAGAGAUAUUAAGAAAAAAAAGCAAAUAACAUUAAUUGAUGUGACUAAUGCAAAAAGUUAUGUUUACAAAACCAUUUUUGUAGUAUUCAUGAGAAUAAUCUAGUUAAACCUUUCCUUUUCUGGCUUUGGUCUGAUCAGACAUGUGUUCUUAAAGUAAUUUCAUAUUUUGCAGUGACUUCUUUUCCUCCCUGUUCCUGAGAAGAGUUGUUCUCUGGUUUAUCAGUAGUGCCCCACAGAGUUUUUAGCCUUUUUUCCUCCCAUUCUUUUUUUCCUUUGAUAUUGCAAUGACUGUCCCUAACUUGAUUGAAACAAACCCCCCAUUAUUUCUUCCUCCAUUCUUCCAGUCUGCUAGCUAUUGUUUCUUUAUCUGUGGCAGAUAAAUCACAGCCAUGGUUCAUAUAGCCAGCAUCUAUAAACUUAUGUUUGUGGGGAGUUUUCACAUAAUACCCAUCCAUCUAUGCUCUCUACCUUCUAUUUUUUAGUUGAUCUCCUUUUGUUUCACUUGUCUGGAGGUAGAUUGCAAGAGGUAAAGUAUCUCUUAUUCUGAGCUUAUGGUACAAUUACUGUCUUUUCUGAAUAGAGCUAUUAUGGUAUGAAUAAGAACUGUAGUACCUGUCAUUCUCAGCAGAAAGAAGUACAAAUUACUCAUUCUUCCUAUGGCCAAAACACAUUGCCACCUUUGUGCUUUGUGUCCCUGCUGGCCCCACUAAGAGUUUCCAUAUGGCAAUGCUUUGUCUUGUUGGGAGACCAGGAAAAAAAGAAAGUUUCCUCCUAUCUUGUGCUGAAGAGGUGGUUCCACCUUUUAACUUUGGUUAAUCCAUUUUGUCUAAAACUUUUUGAGUCUUAUUUCUAUAAUUUCAGAAUCGUGUCAUGUUGACAAGCAUUUUAACAAUAUCUGUAUUUUUAAAGCACUUUUCAAUAUGACCUCAUUUAUGAAAUAAAAUAAAAACCUUCCCAAGAACUGAAUCAUGUCAGGCCCAAUGUGAUUGUCUGAAGUCUGUUGGAGACUAUCUUGCAGCACCUGCCUGUACAGAGAUUGUCCUUUGUUGUUGCUGUUAGUCCCUGGAUUAUCAAGGUACCAAAAUAACAAACAUUUUCAUAGAGAGAAGGAGAGGCUACAAUAGUUCAGUUGAAAAUUCUUUCACUUGCAGAUUUUUUUGGUAAAAUUUUAUUUUAAUGGACACACCUAAGAUGUGUAUAUGGUAGAAGUUCUUAACCACAUUCCAGUUGCCUUGUAAGAAUUUCUAAAGAGAUUAAGGUUUAUAUUUAUCCUGUUGUUUUCACAGUAGGCAACAUUUUCCCAAAGACAAUCUCUUACCAGUAGUGACUACAUUAUGGGUGUUGACUGAGCAAUUCUACAAAAAAUUGAGCCUCCUUUUGGGGGCUAGAGAUCAACAAAGGUCUUUUAUCUAAAGAAUUUGAUGGAGUUGUGUAAUUUCAUACCAUCUGAGGACUUUGGCCAUAUUAAGUUUUGGUUCAGUAACCAUAUAUGGAAAUAUUUCCCUAAUACUUGUGCAAAAGUAUUCAUGAUUCUCUGCUGUGAUAAAAUAUAAACAAUAUGAUGUCAAAAAGCUAUUGAAUAGUUCUGUAGUCCUGUGAUGGUGAGGGAGAGAUCAAUGUGGUUAAAAUGCCUUUGCAGAGUACUGCUAUGCUGUGGUAGAUAUUUGGUAUUUUGCUGAGUAGCUGAAGAAGGAAAAUAAUUAAGCAGCUUGGUAUUCAGAUUCUAUGACCUGUUAAAUACUAACAAAUUUCAGAGGGUUCACAGCACAGCAAUAAAGCAUGGUCAUAUAAUGCUGUAUGAAAUGUUUAUGUUAACUUAAAAAUGCUGCCUUAUAUAUCCUUUGGAGUCAGUUCAUCAAAAUUAAAGAAACAACCCCAAAUCUCUGAUGAAGACUUCCAGAACCUGGCAUAAGGCUGCUAAUGUAAAAUAUCAAUUAUAUGCUGAAAUUUAUGAUAGACCUAAGCGUGAAAUCCUGUUCUGCUUAAAUUAACAGGAGGUUCACCUUAACAAUUCAAGGAAGUGUGAUGAGGAUGACAUAAUAUUAUUAAGUAUAGGAAAUAUUAUGGCAUCAGAACUGAAAUCUGAUUCCAUUUAGAUGAAGAUUGCCAAGCUAGUGAAACAUUUUUGAAAGCUCAAAGCAGAUAAGACUUUCUCAAAAAAAUUAUAUUUUGUACAUAUUGAUAAAACCAUAUGCAUUUAUUCAUGUCUAUUCUUACAAGCUAGUUCAUAAUUAUGAAUUUAUACUCAUUUAAUUGUUCAUAUAUUCAAAAACUAUGCACAUUUGUUCUCUAGUCUCAUCUGGAAAGCAGCAUCAGAAUAUCGGUUUAUUUUUCAUCUGAAAAUGGCCUCUGAGUUGGCCUCAUCAGCCCCAUUCUUCUGACCUCUCCUUUUUCACAUAUCCCAUAUAAGUGCCUUGCCUUCAGCUUUAAAAUGUUGUGUAUUAGCCUAGCUGUACUUCAUUGAUCCAGUAACCAACUGCUUUGUCAACCCUAACAAUGACCCCAUCCUUUACUGGAAAUAGUUUCCAACAAGUGGUCAGCCUCUUCUGUCAAAAUCUCCAUCUCUUGAAUUUUCCUUUCUUUUUUACUUGACUAGAAACUUCCAAAUAACAUUGGAACAGCCAGUAUCUUAGCUACCCUCAAAUGUAAUUAUGAAGGUACCUACCUGUCUAAUGACGUACACAAAGUGUAGCCUUUCAGUUAUUAUUACAGAGGUGACAAUCUUUGAUCUGUCUUUUCCCCAACUGUACCUCUAGCUUUUUUUAUAUCUCCGCUGUAAACUGAAAACAAAGUUGCUACUGUAUUAUAGUACUAGUAAUUAAUAGUGUUCUUCUAGUUCUUCACUGUAGUUAAUUCCCUGUAAACCUUGUCUUUUGUUUCUUUAGACUGUAAUCCUGUACUGAGGAGGCCAUUUUUCCCCCUGUAUAUUUGAAAUUGCACAUGAUCAGUCUGAUCCUUAGUUACUUCCACAGUAUGAGUACAUAAAGGAUACUAUAAUCCUAAAAAUUAGGUAACUACUGGUGUUCAGGAUAUAACAAAAGUAUUGCAGCCCUGGGAGGGGAAGGAAAAAGUAGAGGAGCAUAAAUGGCAUCCCUUCUGGCACGUUCAAAAACUGCAGCCAGCAGUGUGAAAAGAAAAACUCUAAAGUGUCUUUGCAAAAGAUUCUUUGCAUAAACAAUUUAAAAUCUUUACUCCUAGAAAUAUUGUAACGUUAAAAGACAAACUAUAUAACAGUGAAACUGGCAAGUUCUGUGCUUGGAAUAAGAGUGGGAAAAUCAUUGCUAUUUUAAAUUACUGAUUUUAUAUAGCCUUGAGAUUACAAAAUAGCUAUGGUAACAGAUACAAAUUAUUCCAAUUAUAACUGGAAGAAAUGCAAUUCUUGUUUAAAUAGUGGCCUGUGUGACCAGCUAUUGAUAUUUAUAUUGGCUAAGUUUCUUAGGUUGGUUGUGGAAAGACCUAUUGCAGUGGACUUUUUCCACUAAACAACUUGGCUUUAAGUGGAGAUUCACCGUAGCUGGAACUACACUUUGCUGUGGUGUGUAUUGAAGAUUGAGACCUACAUUCUGGAGUAUCUAAAAAGUUUCAUUCUUCUGGUGAUUAAUUUUUAAAAUGCUGAAAGAGUAGUAGAGGACUGCAAAUUUAAAUCAAUUAUUUAAAUGAACAUUAUCAAGAUUGUCACUGAGCAAUUCUUCCGUGGAUAAUAUUUAUGCUAUGUAGGUUCAUGAGAGAAAUUAGUGACCAGAGAAUGUAGGUUUCACUCACAUGAAGCUGCUGUUAACUUCACAGAGAAUUUUCAUAGAAUCAUAGAAUGCCAGGUUGGAAGGGACCUCAAGGAUCAUCUGGUCCAAGCUUUCCUGGCAAAAGCACGGUCUAGACAAGAGGACCCAGCACCCUGCCCACCUGAAUCUUAAGUGUCAAAUGUUGGGGAAUCCACCACUUCCCUGGGGAGAUUAUUCCAAUGGCCGAUUGUUCUCAUUGUGAAAAAUUAUUCCUCUUGUGUCCAGUCGGAAUCUCCCCAGCAUUGGCUUCUACCCAUUACCCCUUGUCUUUUCCAUGUGACUCCUUGUAAAAAUGGCGUCUCCAUCUUCUUUGUAGCCACCCUUUAAAUACUGGAACAU